AUGAUUGAUUCUUUUAAGAAAUGUUUCAUCUAUUAUAUAGGUGCGGGGAAAUCUUCACUUGUCAACGGUAUCCUUCGUCUGGUUAAUCGAUCAUGCAUUUAUGGCAAUAUUCUGAUUGAUGAUAUUGAUAUUAGCCGUAUUACACUUAAUCAUCUUCGAUCUCAUAUAAGUGUUAUUCCUCAACAACCAAUAUUAUUUAGUGGAACUCUUCGAUACAAUCUCGAUCCAUUCGAUCAUUAUACAGAUGAACAAUGUUGGACAGCACUUGAAGAUGUCCAACUUAAAAAAUUUGUCAAAAGUCAUUCAGAUGGACUUUUAAUGUGUAUUGCUGAAUGGGGUAAAAAUUUGAGUAUGGGGCAAUGUCAAUUGGUUUGUAUUGCACGAGCCAUUCUCAAGAAAAGUAAAAUCUUAUUGAUCGAUGAAGCAACAGCUAAUGUUGAUCAAGAAACGGAUAAUCUUAUACAAGAAGUACUUAAAAAUAAAUUUCAAAAUCAAACUAUCUUGACAAUUGCUCAUCGAUUAAAUACAGUAGCACAAUAUGAUCGGAUUCUUGUUUUGGACAAAGGAAUCAUUUUGAGUUUUGAUACUCCUAUGAAUAUUUUACAGCCUUAUCGUCAACAAUCAUCGAAAUUUUUAUCAUAA